AUGCAAUAUUUAAGAUACCUCUCUGUUUUACAUACUUUCUUUCUUUCUUUCUUUCUUUCACUUUUCCUUUCUUUCUUAUUCAAUACUGUGUUUCUUUUUCGUGCAUUUAAAUACAUAUUUUCUAUCUUUCUUUCAUUUUUCCUUUCCUCCUUUCUUCAAUAUUGUUUUUUCAUUAUUGUCCUUCUUUCUUUCUUUCUUUCUUUCUUUCUUUCUUUCACUUUACUUUCUUUCAUUCUUUCUUUUUCUUUCUCGAUUUCUUCAAUACAGUCUUUCUUCCUCUCUUUCUUUUUCAACUAUAUUUUCUUCUUUCUUUUUCAUGCAGUUACUCAUUUAUUUUCUCAGUUCUCUUUCUUUCUAUCUUUCUUUUUAUAUAGUCUUCUUCUUAUGCAGUAUUUCUUUCUUUCCUUCUUUUUCUUUCUUUCAAUACUGUCUUUAUAUCUUUCAUUUUUCCGUUCUUUCGUUCUUUCUUUCUUUUUUUCUUUUCUUUUCUUUCUUUCUUUCUUUAUUUAUUUCUUUAUUUCUUUCUUUCUUAAAGACAGACUUUCUUUGUUUUUCAUGAACUUAAUCACUCAUUUUCACAGUUUUCCUUCUUUUUUUCUUUUCAUAUGGUCUUCAUUUUAUGCGAUUUGCUUUCUUUCUUUUCCUUUCUUUUUCAUUCUUUCUUUCUUUCUUUCUUUCUUUAAUGCAGUCUUUGUGUUUUCUUUCUUUAAUGCAGUUAAUUAUUCAUCUUCAGUUUUCUUUUUUCUUUUUCAUACAGUCUUCAUUUUAUGUGGCUUUUCUUUUCUACCCUUCAUCUUUCUUUUCAAGCAAUUCAUCGUUCAUUUUCAGUUUUCUUUCUUUUUUCUUUCUUUUCAUUCAGACUUAAUUUUAUACAAUUUUUCUUCUUUUUUCCUUUUCGUUUCUUCUCUUUCUUCAGUAUAUAAUUGUAAGUUUAGAAAUAUUCUCGUCUCUCAUCAAUAUUUUACCUUUGCAAUCGAUGGUGACAAUAUGAAAAUAUUCCGAGCGUUUGCAGUCAAAAAGAAUUUGCUAGAAUUGCUUUUCUAUAGGACUGAGUGGAUUUUCCGUCGUGUUAUUUCACGUUAA